UCUGCUCACACCAUCAAGCUCUCUCUCCCUCUCCAGUCCAGUCUCAAGGAUUAAAACUAAAUAUAACACUUUAAUUAAGAAGAGCUUCACUCACCUGAAACUUCGGGGAUAUUAAAAAAGUGAACGACAAUAUUGUACAUUUUUCUGUAAUUUGGGGAUGAAGAUUUUGUUCCCCCUGCUCAAUAGUACGGUAUUUUGCCGGUUGACUGGUGAGGUCCUAACGUCAGUCCAGCUCUCUGGCGGAUGGGAGCGACUCCAAAUGUGCGUCUGAAACGGUACAUGGGGUUUGAAAUCUCAAAAUUCUUGCCAGGAAAAAAAGGAAGAUAAGAAGGAUACAACGAAAAGGGGUGAGUAACAGGAGGUGUAUGUUGCCUCUCACUGUAGUUUCCAUGCCACUACCAUGAGUUGGAGUUUCUUGACUCGCCUGCUGGAAGAAAUCCACCACCACUCCACAUUCGUGGGCAAGAUCUGGCUCACCGUCCUCAUUGUUUUCCGCAUUGUGCUGACAGCUGUAGGAGGAGAGUCAAUCUACUACGAUGAGCAGAGCAAGUUUGUCUGCAACACAGGUCAGCCAGGCUGUGAGAACGUCUGCUACGACGCCUUCGCUCCACUCUCACACGUCCGAUUUUGGGUCUUCCAAAUCAUUCUGGUUGCCACACCUUCACUCAUGUACCUGGGCUACGCUGUCAACAAGAUUGCUCGGGCAGAUGAGCAGGGUAAAGACAGUGGGGGGGUGAGUGGAUUUUCACGGAGGAAAAAGAAGCACUAUCUUGCAGCCAGAAAGCAGCAUAGUGGCAUUGAAGAGGCUGAGAAAGACCAAGAGGACGAUCCAAUGAUCUAUGAAAUGGCUGAGGUGGAGAGCAACGGUGGUAGAGCAGCAACAGGAAGAAGUGGUGAAGGGCAAACAAAUGUCAAGGCACGGCAUGAUGGGCGCAAGCGUAUCAAAGAAGAUGGAUUGAUGCGCAUUUAUGUGCUUCAGCUCUUGGCCCGGUCCUCACUGGAGGUGGCUUUCUUGUGUGGACAGUACGUUCUCUAUGGAUUUGCAGUACCUCCCACCUACACUUGCUCAAGCCAGCCCUGCCCUCACAAUGUGGACUGCUUUGUGUCACGACCCACUGAGAAAACUAUCUUUCUCCUCAUCAUGUACGCAGUGUCCCUGCUUUGCCUGGUACUCAAUAUAUGGGAGAUGCUUCACUUGGGCAUCGGUACCAUCUGUGAGAUCGUACGCUCCCACCGGGGGCAGCUUCCUAAUGAUGAGUUGUACGGACUGACAGAGGGACAAGUGGCUCCUCAAGAGGUACAACUGAGAGGAGAGGAUUACAGCAGCUACCCUUAUUCUUGGAAUACACCAUCAGCUCCACCAGGGUACAACAUUGCCAUCAAGCCUCUUCUGGUAUCUACUGGGAACCAUGAAAAACCACUUCCCGUUACUGAUCUUGCUAAUGCUAAGAUAGCAUGCCGGCAGAACCAUGUUAAUAUUGCCCACGAGGAGCGUCAACAGUACACCAAUAAUGAUGACAACCUGGGUAUGGGAGAUGCCCCCAGAGACACUCAGAAGGACGUCCAUCAGCCUCAGAAAAUGUUGGGAGCUGACAAUCAGGCCUACAGCCAGCUUCAGAGCCACAGUAACAAUCACAGCAAGCCUCACCGUGAACGUAAACAACGGCAGGCCUACAAACACGCCUCGAGCAAGGCAGAUGCAGACAGAGGCAGCAGCAGCACCAGUAGUAGCAGCAAAUAUGGAGUGAUAAAGGGCUCUGAGUGGAUCUGAAGUAUAGACCGUAAGACUUUUUGUUAUUCGUAAAACGUUAAUCUCCUCCUCCUUUACAUUCAUAUUGAAAAAGGACAGGGCAGCCACUUUACCUUAUUUUCAAUGAUAUUCAUGCAAUUAAAAUACUAAGUGAAAAUUAGUGCCAAGAACCACCUUGUACCAGCCCGCUGCUAGCUCUGUCCACUAAAAACAAAACACUUACUUUGUCACACUUCCAUAAACCUAAACUGAUAAUAAAUAGCACUUUUAUUGCGGAUAUAUCACACAUAUUUUCUGUAAUGUAAAGUUUUGAUGACAGUUUACACAAGUAUGCAAAAGUGGUUGUUUUUAUUAAUGUAGUAAUAUCUUGAUUUUUAAUAGUUCAAAUAUAAAGUUGGUCUAAAACAAACCACUCCACUUCUGGGAAAACAACAAAUGUUCGUGGCCUCAGCUUGUGCUUUACAGUUUUAUUUCACAGUUAUUGCUGUCUUUGAUUCAGUGUGGAUAUACUGAGGUUUCCAUACUAUAACCCAAUGUGCCUUUUUAAACAGUCAAAAAGCUGUUUCAUAUUUGUCACUAUGGACUGAAAACAAGCUAAGUCCUUCUGUCUGUGUGGUUAGUUUCAUUACCAUCCAGGGGUUAAAACACUGAAUAUGCAAAAUUUUGUUUUUAUUUUCUUGAAACCAGGUUUGAUGUGGACUGAUGGUGUUCCCAGCUAUAAAGAAAAAUGAGAGAGUAAUGUUUUCAGUUGGUAAUUUUACAGUGUUUGUGUUAUUUUCUGAAGAGAGAAGAGACAUUCUUUUUAAUGCUUUGAUAAAGUGUUCAGACUGUUGUCAGUGUCUUGUUGUCAACCUGAUACAAUCUUUGAUAUAUGUAAUGUUUGUUUGAAGUUUGUGCUAUGAAGGUUUUAGUCCAUUGGUGCAUUAGUUUGUGAGUCUGCCGUUUUUUGUUCUUGACCUAAAAUGAAGAAUUCCUUGUCAUUGAUCCAUACAUACUCAGAUUUUCAAGUUCAAAUGCCAUGAAGGCUUGCCCUUGGCACCGUGCCAGUGUUUCACUUUGUUAAAACAAAAAUGCAUGUUUUGAAUAAAGAGUUUGUAUUUGU